AGAUCAAAGAGCCCCACACUUCUAACAGUCUGUUCCAGACUUACAGACCGUCAGCAUGGCCACUCCACUCACUGACCAGGAAAAACGCAAGCAGAUCAGUAUCCGUGGGAUCGUCGGGGUGGAAAAUGUUGCCGAGCUGAAAAAAGGCUUCAAUCGCCACUUGCAUUUCACUCUGGUAAAGGACAGGAAUGUGGCCACACCGCUUGAUUAUUAUUACGCCCUGGCACACACAGUGAGGGAUCACCUGGUGGGGCGCUGGAUCCGGACACAGCAGUUCUACUAUGAGAAGGACCCAAAGCGUGUGUAUUACCUCUCCCUGGAGUUCUAUAUGGGCAGAGCUCUACAGAACACCAUGAUCAAUUUAGGACUACAGAAUGCCUGUGAUGAGGCCAUCUAUCAAUUGGGCUUGGACAUGGAGGAUUUGGAGGAUAUGGAGGAGGACGCAGGAUUAGGGAAUGGAGGACUAGGCCGGCUGGCAGCAUGUUUUCUGGACUCUAUGGCAACUCUGGGCUUAGCCGCAUAUGGUUAUGGGAUCCGUUACGAGUAUGGGAUCUUCAAUCAGAAAAUCAAAGACGGCUGGCAGGUGGAGGAAGCUGAUGAUUGGCUGAGGUAUGGAAACCCAUGGGAGAAGGCCCGUCCUGAGUACAUGUUGCCAGUCCAUUUUUAUGGACGAGUAGAGGAGACUGAGGAAGGAUCUAAAUGGGUUGAUACACAGGUGGUACUGGCCAUGCCCUAUGAUACGCCCAUCCCUGGCUACAUGAAUAACACUGUAAACACAAUGCGUCUGUGGUCUGCACGAGCUCCCAACGACUUCAACCUUCGAGACUUCAAUGUUGGGGAUUACAUCCAGGCUGUUUUGGACCGGAACUUGGCUGAGAAUAUUUCCAGAGUGCUCUACCCCAAUGACAAUUUUUUUGAAGGUAAGGAACUGCGACUGAAGCAGGAGUACUUUGUGGUGGCAGCGACUCUGCAGGACGUGAUUCGACGCUUUAAGACCUCGAAAAAGAAUUGCUCUGUCCCCCUGUCUUUCGACAGCUUUCCUGAGAAGGUAGCCAUCCAACUGAAUGACACACACCCUGCCUUGGCCAUACCUGAGCUAAUGAGGAUCUUUGUGGACAUUGAGAAGUUGGACUGGGACAAGGCAUGGGAUCUCACUAGGCGCACCUUUGCGUACACCAAUCACACCGUGCUCCCUGAGGCUCUGGAGCGUUGGCCUGUUCAUAUGCUGGAGAAACUCCUACCACGCCACCUACAAAUCAUCUACAAGAUCAACCAGAUACACCUGGACCACAUAGCAUCCCUGUUCCCCGAGGAUAUGGAUCGUUUGCGCAGGAUGUCUCUGAUUGAGGAGGAAGGUGGGAAAAAAGUGAACAUGGCUCACCUGUGCAUCAUUGGAUCCCAUGCUGUUAAUGGAGUUGCUGAGAUUCACUCCAACAUCAUUAAAAAUGAAGUAUUCCGAGAUUUCAGUGAAUUGGAAGAAGAAAAGUUCCAGAACAAAACAAAUGGAAUCACUCCAAGGCGCUGGCUCCUGCUGUGCAACCCAGGACUGGCUGACCUAAUCGCAGAGGUAAUCGGAGAAGACUAUGUAAAAGACCUGAUGCAGUUACAGAAGCUGAAUGAUCUAGUGGAUGAUAAUGUAUUUAUCAGAGAUGUAGCUAAAGUCAAACAGGACAACAAGCGGAAGUUUGCACAGUACUUGGAGAGAGAGUACCAAGUGAAGAUAAACCCUGCCUCUAUGUUUGACGUUCAGGUGAAGAGAAUUCACGAGUACAAACGACAGCUCCUCAACUGCCUUCACGUCAUCACUAUGUACAACCGCAUUAAGACCAGACCAGCAGCACCAUUUGUACCACGCACUGUGAUUAUUGGUGGCAAGGCUGCGCCUGGAUAUCACAUGGCUAAGAUGAUCAUUAAGCUCAUCACCACUGUUGCAGAUGUGGUCAAUAAUGACCCCAUUAUUGGUGACAAGCUGAAAGUCAUUUAUCUGGAGAACUACAGAGUGUCUCUGGCAGAGAAAGUGAUCCCUGCAACAGACCUCUCUGAGCAGAUCUCCACUGCAGGCACUGAGGCAUCAGGCACAGGGAACAUGAAGUUCAUGUUGAAUGGCGCGCUGACUAUCGGCACCAUGGACGGGGCCAACGUAGAGAUGGCUGAGGAAGCUGGACAGGAAAACCUCUUCAUCUUUGGCAUGAGCGUGAAGGAAGUGGCAGCAAUGGACCAGAAGGGGUAUGAUGCAAUGCAGUACUAUAAGAGCAUCCCAGAGCUAAAGCAAGUCAUUAACCAGAUUAAAAGUGGAUACUUCUCACCCAAACAACCAGAACUGUUCAGUGACAUCAUCAACAUGCUCUUCAACCAUGAUCGCUUUAAGGUCUUUGCUGACUAUGAGUCCUAUGUUAGAUGUCAGGAGAGAGUCAGUGCUCUGUAUCAGGAUCAGAAAAAGUGGACGCAGGUGGUAAUUAAGAACAUUGCUGCUUCUGGAAAAUUCUCCAGUGACCGCACAAUCACAGAAUAUGCCACUCAGAUCUGGGGGGUGGAGCCAACUGACCUGAAGAUCCCGCCUCCCAGUGAGCCACGAGAAGCGAUCGAAGAGACAGUGCGGGCACUCCGCAAGAUCUGAACACACACAUUAUUAUGUUACUACAGUGUUACAUUGUUAGUUGUCAUAUAGUGAUUUACUGUUACAAUAUACAGUAUAGGCUCACUGAAUACAUCCCUUAAUAGUCAAUGAUGUUUUUAGAUUUUUAACAUUUUUAACCCUCUAUAUUGAAGACAGGGUUAAAAUACAAUGUAAAAUGCAUUUCAACGCCAGAACUUAUUUUUUUCCCACUUUUUAAUCCUGAGUAAGACUUUCUAGACCCACUUUAUUCUAGGCCACUUGGGUGACGUCUUUGCUGUCAGACAAACACUGAAAACAUGAGAGAAUUAGUUAAAUGAGUGGUAAAUUUUAAUAGGUUACCCAUAGUGAUAUUUAUAAUACCAGUAAACCUAAUACAGAUAUACAGAUUGAUAUACAUAUUGAUUUCAGAUUAGUAUUCUCUGUUUCUCAAACAUUUAUAUAUAGGGAGUACUAUAACUAUGAUGUAAAAUAGGUUAUAUGUGAGUUUGCAAUGGUGUGCUGCUUAGGAUUAAUUCCCAGGCCCAAUCAGUGGCAUGAUAAAUCCCUUAGUGUAAUUUUAAAUCUCUGAAUCAGAUGCACAUGCAUACACUCUGUUUUCACUCUGUUUUCACACUUUUUUCACAUAAGUUUUAACACUGUAGCAACAUACUAUUGUUAGGCUGUAACUCUUGUACUGCUGUGGUUCAUCCUGUCAUACUGAAAACUGUCAUACUUAAAACUAUACUCAUGAUAGACACUCAUAUUCAACCCAUACUGGAACCAGUGGUGAAGUGUCUCCUGUGGUCUUCUUCUGGUUACUUCACAGGAUCUCAGAAUUUCAGAAAUCCAUUUCCAUGCACAGCAUACAAAGCUUAAAAUAGGUAUAUAUAAUAAUUACUGUGAAUUUUAUAAUUAUUAUGAAUCAUUUCGAGACAGCUUAAAUGGAAUUAAUUGCAUUAAAAUGUAAAGUUUAUAUUUAUAUAUUCUCACAUAAUAAAAUAUACUGCUACACAUA